GUUGCUGGUAUACAUCCGGGUCAGAGCGGCGGGGUGACCCUGACAGCCAUGGGGGCGCAUCUAGGGCGGCGGUACUUGACUGAGCCGGACACUGAGCCAGACCCUAGCAAAAUCCCCAGCUUCCCGCCCGAUCUGGGCUUUCCGGAGCGGCAGGAGCGUGUAAUGGUUGCCACACAGCAGGAGAUGAAUGAUGCCCAGUUGCCCCUCAGUCAGCGAGAUUACUGUGCUCAUUACCUCAUCAAGUACCUGAAGUGUAAGCGGGACAUGUGGCCCAACUUCCUGGAGUGUAAACACGAGCGUCAUGACUGGGAUUACUGCGAGCACGAGGAUUAUGUGAUGCGUAUGAAGGAGUACGAGAGGGAACGACGCCUGCUAAUGAGGAAGAAGAUGAUGAAUGAAAGGCAGGCAGCAUGACCAGCUUUUCUGAAGCUGCUGGGUAACUCUGUGUGUGUCUCCAUCUGAGAACAACACUCUGGUCUGGCCUUGUCCUGUGGGUGAUUUUUUUGUUUUGUAUAUAAUUCUAAUACCUCCUAACAUCAAUAAAAGGUCCAGUUAUAAACCCAA